GGCUCGGGACGCGUCGCAGCCGCAGUUGGCAAAGAGGCGCGCCGCCGCCACCACCGUGUCCUCCGCUGCUCCUCGCGCCCGGAGGAAGGCCAGCGCCCGGCCGCCCCGUCGCGCACGGCCCGAGGGCAUGCGGCAGCCGCAGGGGCCCCCCGCUCCCGGGCUCGGCGGCGCGGGCGAGCGUGAGCGGAUGUUCAGUUCUUCUCCACAAUGAAUGAGUGUCACUAUGAUAAGCAGAUGGACUUUUUUUAUAACAGAAGCAACACCGACACUGACACCUCCGAUGACUGGACAGGAACGAAGCUUGUGAUCCUUCUAUGCGUUGGAACAUUUUUCUGCCUGUUUAUUUUCUUUUCUAAUUCUCUGGUCAUCGCAGCGGUGAUUAAAAACAGAAAGUUUCAUUUCCCCUUCUACUACCUGUUGGCUAACCUAGCUGCUGCAGAUUUCUUUGCUGGAAUUGCCUAUGUAUUCCUGAUGUUCCACACUGGCCCCGUGUCAAGAACUUUGACCGUCAACCGCUGGCUUCUCCGCCAGGGGCUUCUGGACACUAGCUUGACUGCCUCCCUGACCAAUUUGCUGGUGAUUGCCGUGGAGAGGCACAUGUCAAUCAUGAGGAUGCGGGUCCACAGCAACCUGACCAAAAAGAGGGUGACUUUGCUCAUUUUGUUUGUCUGGGCCAUUGCCAUCUUUAUGGGGGCGGUCCCCACACUGGGCUGGAAUUGCCUCUGUGACAUCUCUACCUGCUCUUCCCUGGCCCCCAUUUACAGCAGGAGUUACCUCAUUUUCUGGACUGUGUCCAACCUCCUGGCCUUCUUCAUCAUGGUCGUGGUGUACCUGCGGAUCUACAUGUACGUCAAGAGGAAAACCAACGUCUUGUCCCCACAUACCAGUGGCUCCAUCAGCCGCCGGAGGACCCCCAUGAAGCUAAUGAAGACAGUGAUGACUGUCUUAGGGCACCAAGGCCCUGCCCAAGAGAGAGUCCUGUGUUUUGGAAUUGUGCUUGUCAACAUGCUAAUCAUCUGUAGCAACCAAACACACAAGGAACCCCCGUGGAAAGCUCUCCUGUACCGUCAGCACAGCACCAAGUGAACUGAGCAAAUGGGUGGUUUGUUUCCCAGAAAAUGGGCUGGACUUGCUUCUAUUUUGCAAUGACUUGAAAUGCAAAAGAAAAGUUGAAGGGAUUCGUGAAUUACACUUUUGAAAUCUUCCAUGAACCUUCCUGUCUCUUAGGGCGGUGUUUUUCAAACUGUAGGUUGUGAACCACUGUCAAGUAAUGAAAUCAGUUUGGAGAUUGUAACUGACACUGUUUUACAAUGUGUGUGUGUGUGUGUGUGUGUGUGUGUGUGUGUGAUGGAUUUGGUAUAAAAUGUAUUUCUUACUAUGGGUUAUGGUCAAGAACAUCUAAAAAGUCAAGGAUUUAGGGUCAAGGUUUCCUUUUUGGCCAAUAAAGAACUGAACUCUGUUAUAAUAUGAGAAACAUUACAGGUAAGGGGCUUUCAAAAGAUCUGUGGUAAUUGAAAGACAGAGCUAGACACUUCUCAUUCCUCCCUCCCACCUCUCCACUUAGAUCAAUACUCACUCCUGUUUGCCUUCUCUCAGGGGAGAGAGGAAGGAGGUAAGGUGGUGGUAACAGAAGAAAUAAUAUUCGGAGUUCUCAUGCUGGGAAAUGGGUGAAAUUAGUACCAUAAGGAGCCUUGCUAGAGCACUCCUAACAAUCAUACAUGACAUUUCUGUAACAUGGUGUCCCUUUCAGUGUUUUAAGGCAUUGUUCUCAUCAAGUCUCACAGAAAUCCUGCAAGGGAAGUGGGGAUGAUGUUAUCCUGUCUUGCUGCCACUCCCCUAGAUGCACCCUGUACUCAGCCGUAAUUAAUUAUUUACAGUUCCUCAUUUUGCAUCCCUAAGCCUUUGCACUUGCUGGAAUACCUCUCCUCUGGUUCUGCCUGGGAAACUCCCAUUCAUCUGUAAGACUCAGCUCCAGGGCCUGUCUUCUCUGAAUCUUUCCUUGCCCUGCCUCGGUAAAUCUGAUGGCUCCCUCCUUCGGACUUCGGGCCACCUGUGUGUCGUCUAUACCGUAAUCAAUGCACUUCAUUGUUUACCUGCCUUUAUUUUUAACUAGAAUGUGUGUUCUUUGAAGUCAGGAACUGUACCUUAUCUUUGCAUCUCUAACAUGCAGCACGCUGUCUGUAACACGCUUGCUGAGAUUAUAAUAAAUAAGGAAGUCGAGGUUUAGGGGAGGUAUGUGGCUUUUCAAAAGCUGGAACUAUAAGUAGGACCCAGGUUUCCUCACAUGCAGCCGGGCUGUUGGCUCGCUCUGGCUCUCACAUGACCUGCCUGUGAGGUCACUGGGCUGGGGAGUGAGGGGGCGUCUCACUUUAUAACAUGGGAGACAGGUCUCAGAAGACCACGUGAGAGUGCCACACGGGGAAGAGGAAAACAAAUGAACAUUUCUGAAUGCCUACCGCAAGGAGGUCUGCAUGUGACAUGCUUUCAGGAUUUUAUCUCACUUAAUUCUCAUAGCAACUCUGCCGAUCUGUUUUAUAGAUGGGGAAACUCGGGUAUAAAGCAUCUUGCCCGUAGACUCUGACUGGUACAAAUAAUUAUCGGUAAUACUCAUUGUGGGCUCUAUGUGGCUCUAAGCAUCUUACAUGUUUUAUUUCAUUU